AUGUCGAGUUCCUAUUUCAUUGCGUCAGAAGAAAUAACGCACCUUCAGGUGGCUACUCUAUCUGGCAAUAUUGAAGCAAUCAAUGCCGUCCUUUCCCGGUGGCGAGAAAGUUCCAUUGACAACGAGACUUUCGAAGUGACUACAGGCCCUGUGCUUUACGAAGCGAUAGUAAACAACUCAUUUGAAGUUGUUUCAUGCCUUCUUGAUAAUCAAGUUCCUAUGAAUUCUCAACUUUUUAUGAAAGCGACCGAGGACACGUCGUACCAAAUUCUACAAGAAUUUCUUAAUCACGGAUGGGAUAUCAACACUCCGAUUAGUUCAAACGAUCCGCCCGCUCUAGCGAACUCUUUCCACGACGCGAAUUUGACCAAGUGGUUUUUGGCCCAUGGAGCAGACCCGAAUCGGCGAUGUGAAAGAUACAAGGAUUACACUCCGUUGUCUAUCGCAUUUAGACAAGCCAACUUCACAAUUAUCCAAAUUUUGCUCAACCACGGUGCUUCUUUACUACAAGGCCAGGUGAUGCAUUAUGCAGCUAUGCGGGAGCUCGAUGAUCGGCUGGAAGUUCUGAAUUAUCUUUUGGAGCAAGGUCUUCCGCUGAACGACAUCAUGUAUCAAAGUUGUGAGGAAGAAUACCUGUGUAAUAUGUACAGCGGCAUAGGAACACCCCUUCAUUAUGCGGCCGGAAGAGGAUUGCCUGACUCUGUCAAGCUCUUGAUCGCGAGAGGGGCAUCUCCUCACAUCAAAGAUCCAGCGAGCUAUACUGCCGCUGACUGGGCCGAAAUAAACGGCCAAACAGCCGUAUCUGAGUUUCUUCGUCCAAUGUCCACUGACAACGAUCUAGCAUCCAUACCCCAGUUCACAGAUGGACACGGACGCCAUUUCACCCUUGUACCCAUGGACCAAUUCAUCAUGGAAAGUGGGUUUCGGCUAGUCUAG